AUGACUUCACAGCUGACUCGUUCUAGACCAUCUGGCUCUCACUCAUCUAGCUUGACACCAUCUACUUCUGCACUAGACUUUAAUGACCUGAACAUACAGUCCAUACUUGAUUAUUUGAGUCACAUCCAUGCUUGUCUUGAUCACAUCAAUACUUGGUUUGAUAGUUUGGAUGCUCGAGUAGAUUGCAUCGAGGCUCAUCUCGAUUGUCGCAUUGAUAGCUUGGAUGAUCAUCUAGAUACCAUCUGUACUCAUGUUGUUCGCAUCAAUACUCGCUUUGAUAGUCUGGACGGUCGUUUGGAUAGCAUGGAUGGUCGUUUAGAUAGUCUGGACAAUCUUCGAGAUAGCAUGGACACUCGCAUGGGCAACCUCUAA